UCGAUGGGUUUACCGCACGUAGAGUAGAGAGAACUCUACAAAACGAGGAGCAGAUACGCGGAUUUACAAAUAACGAAACAAAUAAUUUGUGCGAACGGAUUUUAGUGCAUUAAAAAAUAUACGGAUGACGCAUAGAACUAUAGAAGUAGUGAAAUACAGAACCAGUGUUUGUUCAUCUUUAUCUGAUUGUUUACUUACUGAUUUGUUUACUUUGUUAUUACAGAAAACCGGUUAACCUGGGUUAACCAGUAUUUUGCUUGUGUUUUAGUGAAUGGCUAAUGGCUAAACUUUGUUUAUUUUGUAUGUGUGAUUAACUAUGGAUUAUCUUGACGAAAUUGAAGAUAUCAGCGUGACCAUAAAUGAGUCAUGCAAUUCCAUGAAGCGCUUAACCGGCACUAAAUUAAUAACAUUCGCAAAAGGAAAUUGUGUUGUAUUAAAAGGAGCAUGUGUUGAUAUUGGAACGAGCUACAAGUCUUAUAACGCAAUGGACAUACACACAGGAGAACUAUAUGUCAUCCAAGAAGUACUUAUUGCCACCAGAGAGAAGGAGAGUUGUGAGCAGUAUCUUUUAAAACUGACAGAUUUGCAACACGAUAAUUUGUUUGAAUUGAAAAGUUUUCAAUUUGAACAUAUUGACGAAGGCAAUUGGUUUUUGUAUAUUUUACAGAAGUUCGAUUUUGGUUUUCUGAGUAUGUCUCUAAUGUCUCAAAAGAAUAUUUCCAUAACUAAUGACAUGUUAAAAAAUAUUACGAAAAACAUUUUAAGUGUAAUUCGCUACAUUACAAUAAAAGAAAUUGAUUGCAUCAGUAUCCUUGCGUCGUCAGUAUUUAUAGAUAAUCAAGGAAACGUAAAGGUGUGCAAUUUUGGAUUAGAUACAUUUUUGACUAGUUGCUCUAAUGUUGAUUUGAGCAAUCAAGAGAAACGAAACACACUGAAUCUUUUAGCUGAUAUGUUAGCUGCGUUACAUGGUGGAGAUAUAAUACUUACAUUUUCCGAACAUUUCCAGGAGUUUUUAAAUAAGUGUCGAUCCGCAACAAGCUGUGAUCUGUCAGUUGUGGAGGAAUUACUGAGUCAUUCAUUCAUUCAAGAACCUUGUGUUGCAAGUAGCUGUACCCAGUUGCAAAAUAAAUCAUUUGAUGAUGAUAACUCAAGAUUUGCUUUAGAGAGGAAGUGUUCUAGAAUUGAAAGUGACUUUGAAAUAGGAUGCGAACUGGGGAAGGGAUCCUUUGGAAAAAUUUAUAAGGUGAAAGAUAAAGUUGAUGAGAAAUAUUAUGCCUUGAAAGUAAUUAAUUUGACAACGAAUCACAAAGAAAACGAGAAAACGAUAAAAGAGGCGAAAUUUCUAGCUGAUCUGCAACAUGAAAACAUUGUUCGAUAUUAUAAUUCAUGGACUGAUGAUGUACUCGAUGACAACAUACACGAUUACUAUCAUUCUUCUCCGAGUACGAAUGAUGACGAUUUAGAUGAUACUUCCCUGUCUGGCUCGAAUUUUCACCAAAGUUCUUUAUCAUCGACCAGUGCAGGUUUUAUUGUAGAUACCAGUUUUGAUGGACUGGAAGAUAAUGAACUUCCUGUAGAUCAAAUGGAUGGUGGAGAAUGCAACGGGUUUAGUGCCUUGCCGUCUCACAUUGACCGAAAGGCAUUGUAUAUAAAAAUGGAAUUUUGUGAAAGCAACACUUUAGAGUCUGCUAUAGCUAAAAACCUUUAUCUGGAUGAGAACAGGAUUUGGAGGUUUUUGAAGGAAAUUGUUGAAGGUUUACAUUACAUUCACAAUAAGAACAUUAUCCACCGGGAUUUAAAACCGCCAAACAUAUUUUUAGAUUCUAAUGAUCAUGUUAAAAUAGGAGAUUUUGGAUUAGCUACCACAAAUCAACUGUACCCAUCACAAGAUGUUGAAGCAAAUUCUUCUCAAAAUGGAAGCUAUGAAGUUGUAUAUGGAACUUAUUAUUAUCGUGCACCUGAAUUAUCUUCAUCCCACACUAUCAUCCGUGAUCCCAAAUUGGACAUGUACAGCUUAGGUGUAAUUCUAUUUGAAAUGUGCUAUCCACCAUUGGUCGGACACGAAAGACAUGAAGUUCUAAAAGAUUUACGUUCCGCAAAUAUAAAAUUUCCUAGUGAUUUUGAUUUUAGCUUACGCCAUCAACAGGAAAUAUUAAUAAGAAAGCUACUUAACCAUGACCCUGAAAAACGUCCUAAUUGUCACGAGCUUCGAAAUUCCAAUUGUAUCCCUUCGCUCGAAGAAGAUGAGAGGAAAAUGCUGAUGAUUCGCACACUUAUUGAUAAUCCCCAGUCAAGAAUGAAUAAGUAUCUUUUGGAAUACUUGUUUACCUCUGCAUCUAGGAACAGUAUAAAUAACAUACAAAGGCUACCCUAUGUCAACAUGCAUCAAAUAGAAAACGUUACCAGGGUUCUUUUUGAUGUUUUUAAACAAUAUGGAGGGAAGAACAUAGAUUUGCCUGCAUCAUCCGUACAAAACAUUUGUAGAAGUACAUGUACGAACUGCAUAAAAUUAGUUGAUAGUCAAGGAUCCCUAAUGGUGCUACCUUGUAAUAAUAGGAAUGUAUUGGCCAAAUUUGUGUCUUUGGGAAGGAGCACAACAUGGUUACGCUGUUACUCUAGCCAUAAAUCUGUGAAUUGUAAAUCAUACUCUUGUGAUUUUGAUAUUAUCACGCCUAUAGACUUACGUAAGGACCAAAAUUAUCUACCGGAGGCAGAAAUUUUACUUAUUUUGGAUGAAAUACGCAACUCCUUCGUAAAUUUAUUACCUUCGAAUUUUACAUUAUAUAUAAGUCACUCCUCAAUACUUGAGGCUAUUUUUGAAGAGUGUGACAUACUAAGUCACUCCUCAUAUGUGUCCUUAAUUUCAGGCUAUUUACCGAUGGAUGACAGGAAAGCGCUGUUGUCUUUCUAUAUGAAAUCUAAACCUUUCGAUAAGUACUUAAAAAUCUUAGGAACUAGAGGGAAUCUGAUGGAUGGUUCGUGGAAUUCUGCGUUUUCGAAUUUUUUCAGAAAACCUGAUUUGAAUCAGAAGGUGCAAAAAGCCAUUGAUGAAUUAAGAAAUAUUUGUAGGACUGCUCAAAGACUGGGACUGACGGCCAAUCUCAUUUUUGAUCCUAAGUGCCUACUAUCUAAUUGCCAGAAAAAAACAGGCAUGCUAGCUGAAUUACAUUACAAAGUGCCAAGUCAACGUGAGAGCGUUAAAGUAGCACUCGCUGGAAGAUAUGACGAUUAUCUAAACAGGGUCUACUCGAAAGUGCCAAUGAUUAGAGCUAAAAGAUUUGGAGUGGGGAUCACUGCAUUACUUGAUAACUUCAAGAGAGUUUUAGAUAUGUCAAAACCGGAUGCAGCUGAACAUGUUACCGUAUGCUAUUUUUCCAAAACUAUGCCUGUGCAAGCGGUUGAAGUAUUCAAGAGGUUGCAUUCCGCAAAAAUCCCGUGUAGCUUUAUAAAGAUGCAGAGUGAGAAGCACCAGAUUGAAUUUUGUGGGAAGAAUGAUAUAGCUUGCUGUAUCUUAUUGAAAAGCAAUAUGAUCAAAAACAAAAUCUUAAUACGUUAUAGAAAUUCAAACCGCGUAAUUGACAUUAACGAUGUAGUUCCUGCUGUAGAAAUUGUCUUAUACUGUAAACGGAACUGGAGAUUAGUCGUGACGAAGCCAAUUCAUUUUGAAGCACCAAUCUUCUUUCUAACUGUUCCUGGAUUAACCGAAGAUGAGCAAUUUAAGUGCACGAUUAAAAUACUACACAAAAAGGACAAAAUGCAAGAUUCCAUUAUCUUUGUGGUUAACUCAACAAAAGAUUUGAUUAAGUCUUUUAUCGAUCAUUGUAAAAUGGAUGAAGUUAUAUACAACUGGUUUAUCACACUAGAGUACCCUUUUAAAACAGUAUGUGAAUUGUUAUCCGAGCAUAAUAAGGAACAAGUAAUAUUUUUUAACAUAUCUGACACAGAUGCUAUUCAUAUUAAGGAUAUGUUUGUCUUUAAAACGAAUAGAACGUUAAAGAAGCAAUCAUUUAUUUCAGAAACCUUGGCUGUUUCCCCAGUAGCAGCCUAUAGGCGCCUAUAAAGCAUAAGCUCAGUCUUCAUAUGCAUUACUGUAGUUUUGGGCAAUAUGGUGCUUGAUAUGGUUCCUUUUUUAUAGGAAGGAUUGAUUUUUAAUGAAAAGCGAGAGAUUGUGUACACUAUACAACAAAGGUUCCAAUCAUCUUACAUUGCCUUUUACAAAAUCUAUUUCUGUUUAUUAUUUGUCCGCGUUCUAUCAGAAUGGUUUUAUUGUAUACCUACCUACUAAAAGUGUGUGUGAAAUAAAUGCAAGGUGAUCUCGGUCUAUCGCAAUUAUCUGUUACACGUCUGCGGUAGCUUUAAGCAAGAUCAUUGUAUUAAAAGAGUAGGUAGGUAUUAUGUAUGAAAAAUAGGAUAAUUUACAUUUCCAAUGUAAAACAUUAUAGGUAUUGUGUCAAAUCUAAUUUUCAAAGAUGCCACAUUUUUUUUGAAUUGUAACAAAGUAGGUUUAUGGUCCAAUUGAACUUUCAUCAAUAUCUCGUUAAUGAAAGAGGGCAUCAAUGGCAAAAAUUUAAAAAAAUGUGUUUUGUAUCUGUAGGCAUCUUAGAAUCAUGUGUUACACAAUUUAAAGGAAAAAAAAUAUCCUUCUUACUGUAGAGCAUCAGAAUGUAAAGAUAAGAUACCAAUGUGAAAGGAUAAAUUUAAGUCAUGUUCUAAUGUGCCAAUAGACCGUUUGGUUUACUAUAUGAAACAUAAAAUUUUGAAUAAUAAUUGUCAGGUUAAUGUCAUUAAUCAUAUCGAUUUUUUAUCUAUUUUUAUAUGCAUUUUUAUAUUUUAUUGUGAUAAAGCAUAUAAGUAUU